AUGCCUGGAUCACUUGAAAAUUCUCGUCUUAAAUCUUUUAAAAAUAAGGGAAAGGAUGAUAGGGAACUUCGACGACGUAGAAAUGAAGUCAGUAUCGAACUUCGAAAGAACAAACGAGACGAACAAGUCCUGAAGCGUCGUAAUGUCAAUCUAUCGACUGAAGUGACUUGCAAUCCAUUGAGUGAAACAACCAAUAAUCAGGUUUGUAAAAUCAAUGAUCCAUCAUCGGUUGAAACUCAAAUGUUAGCUGUACAAUCAGCAAGAAAAAUUCUAUCGAGGGAACGUCAUCCACCUGUUGAAAGUGUUAUCAAGGCUGGUUUAGUUCCCAAAUUUGUGGAAUUUCUGUCAUGCAAUGAUAACCCAACUCUACAAUUUGAAGCUGCUUGGGCAUUGACUAAUAUCGCUUCUGGGACUUCGGAUCAAACCAAGGUCGUCAUUGAUUCAGGGGCAGUACCACAUUUUGUUAAAUUGCUGUCUUCGACGUAUGCUAACGUGUGCGAACAAGCAAUUUGGGCUCUCGGAAAUAUUGCUGGAGAUGGACCCAAGGCGAGGGAUUUAGUUAUUCGUUGUGAUGUCAUUCCUGCUAUGCUGAGAAUCACUACACCUGAUAAGCCUGUGACGUUUUUACGUAAUGCAACUUGGACGUUAUCGAAUUUAUGUCGAAACAAAAAUCCUCCACCACCGUUUGAAGCCGUCCGCGAGAUAUUGCCAUUGUUGGCACAGCUUCUGCACGCUGAUGAUAAAGAGAUUUCCACUGAUGCAUGCUGGGCAUUGUCCUAUAUUACUGAUGGCCCCAAUGAAAAAAUUGAGAACGUUAUCAGAUCAGGUGUUUGUCCACGUUUGGUGUCAUUACUAGCUUCUACAGAGCUAUCACUUCUUACGCCUGCUUUAAGAACUAUUGGUAACAUUGUCACAGGCAACGACACGCAAACUCAAGCUAUUCUUGAUCUACAAGGUCAUUAUUGCCUAGCCUUGUUGUUAAAACACCAAAAAGCUAGCGUACAGAAGGAAACCGCUUGGACUAUUUCUAAUAUUGCGGCUGGCAAUCAACAACAAAUACAGGCAUUGAUAAAUGCAAAUAUUAUUCCACAAUUAGUCGAAACCCUACGAAAUAGUGAUUUUAAGACUAAAAAAGAAUGUGCUUGGGCUGUAAAUAACUUUACAGCUGGUGGAACCGUUGAUCAGGUAUCUUACUUAGUACAAUGUGGAGUGAUUAAGCCGUUAUGUGACUUAUUGUCAUCAAUGGAACCAAAGAUUAUAAUAGUCGCUCUGGAAGGACUAAGAAACAUAUUAAAUGUUGCUGAUAAAGUAAAACAGGCUGAACCAAUCUGCUUAUCAAUCGAAGAGGAAGGAGGCUUGGAUAAAAUGGAAGCCUUACAGACGCAUGAUAAUGAUCAAGUUUACCAACUAAUAUCCGAUAUAAUGGACAAAUAUUUCCCAGAUGUGGUAAAAACAUUGCUGAUGCUUUUAUGCUUAUAG